AGGUUAUGGAAAUUGGAAUUCUGGAAUAAAUAGAGGUUACGAAGAUUAUAAUUAUGGAUAUGGAUACGGUCAGGAUAACUCUGGCAAUUAUGGGUAUGGUAUGGGCACUUCAAACUCUUGGGAAAUGCCUAAUUCAAAUGCAGACAUGAACUUUAACGCAUCCACUGGCACCAGCGCUGAUGAUGUAAUUUCAAAUUUUAACCAGCGCUUAGAUAUGGUAUCUCAUCUAGACACUGAAACGAUGCAAGGAGGACAUUAUGGCUCAGGUGGAGACAGGUAUGAUACAUAUGAAUCCUAUGACUCAAGGUCUUCAAUGAAUGAUCGUGAUCCAUACAGAUCUGGCUAUGAAUACAGUGAGGCCAAACAUGAAUCCGACAAUUCCUAUGAAGGUCACUAUGACAACUCCUAUGGCAACCGCAGGGACCAGUACCACAACAGAGCACGUGACAACUUUGGCCACCGGGGUCAAAACUGGGCCAGAGAUGGAAGAAAUAACAGAGGCAUGGCACCUUCAUAUGGGCGUAUGGGUGGACAAUGGAAUGACCCACCAGUACCAAUGGGAGGACGGGGCCAUGGCCCCAAUAGACCACCAUCGCUUUUUUCCCACAAACUGUUCCCUGAUUACAACAUGUUCCAGGGCAUGCGAGGUUUCUCUGGCAAUAUGCGUUUUGGAGGAGGCAGCAUGAAACAACGAAUGAGGAGAAACUGGAAAAUGUGGGAUGCAGAUUUUAAAAAGAAAAGAAUAAAGAAUGAGCCAACUGGUAAUAAACGUAAACAAGCUAACAGUUCUGAUGAACCUGAUAGCAAAGCAGCAAAAACAGAUAACUCAGAUAACUCAGACUCUGAUAAUGAAGAAGGGCCUGAAGGAGAAGCUGCUGAGAAGGGUUCUAAAAAUGUGAGUUUGAAUUUAGUCUUACUACAAAGAUUUAUCAUUAUCAUUUGAUAUAAUAGGGACAAGAGUUGGAAAGGAUCCUUUGGCAAGCUAACCCAGUAUAGCGAUGAAUGAUGUAUU